AUUUUGUUCAAAGCUUGUUGAUUACUUUUACUUUUCUUGGUUAAAUUUCUUGAUUGGCCAUCUGUAUCUUGUGUUAUAAGUUUUGUUAUUGCGUUUGAUGUCUCCAAUUAUCUAUUAAACGUUCUCAUUGGCAGAGUGUAUAAAUAAUUUACGUUUUAUAAACAAUUGAACGAAGUUGAGGUCAAAUGUCGAUUUGUGAUUGAUUUUCAAAGAGUACCGUAUUAUAACCAAAAGUCAGAGAUUUCUGCAACAUCUUUGCCAACUUUUCCAUUGUGUCCUCUAGUGUUGACAUUUUGGUUCAAAUCAAAUGUUAUCAGUGUGAAAACCCAUAUUAUAGGUCAACAAUACAUUACAACUUAUUUUUUCACCUAUUGAGGUAUCAAUAAGAUGCAGUGAUUCAUUCACAAUAGAGUAAAAAAGAAUCAUAAGAACAGAUUAUCAAGAAAUGAGUAAUGCAGGAGGGGCUAAUGCAAUGAAUCUACCGCCCGGCGUUAAUCCAGAGAAUAACCCGUUACCCGGUGGACCUAUCAUAAACCAAGCAAUGAAUAGAAAUAGGAACAACAACCAAAAUCCUUUAUUCAAUGUCAGAGAGCGUUUGUUCCAUGCUUUAUUCUUCAAAUUUGCCAUAGCAUAUGCACGGACAUUCCCUCGACCUGUGCGUAGAUUCUUUGAAUUCCUGGUACUAUUAAAAGCACUAAUAGCAUUCUUUGUGCUUGCAUACAUACACAUAGUGUUCUCAAGAACACCUACAACAUGUUUGAAUCAUGUUAAAGAUACAUGGCCGAGAGAUGGUAUUCUCAGGGUGGAGAUAUUGAGGAAUCCGUCAAAUGAUUACACUAUCGAACAGAGUUAUGCUAAAGAAAAGAAAUUGAAGAAGGAUAAAGAGGAGUUCAUGUUAGGAAUGCUCGCCACAGAAGGAUUUAUAAACAUAGAAUCUUCGACAAAUGAAGAUAUAGAGGAGGAUGAAUAUCUCCGCGACGGUACAGACUAUGGCAACAUAACACGCAUACAUGAAGAGAACAGUGAAACUCCAAACCAGGUCAUCGAGACUGGCUUCUUUGUGGACAGUAAACCGGAGCUAAAUGAAGGAAUGAGUGAUCUGAACCAAACUAUAGUGCCCGGGGAAGAUGUGGAACUAUCUUCGUCUAUAUGGGAAGGCAUCAUGGGUCUUGUGGAAGAUUUAGACAGAGAUUCUAAACUUGUUACUGAGUUCCUUGAAGAUGUGGCGGCUGUCAACGAUUCAUUAAAAGAUGAAUUCUACAUUCUAGAAUAUUCUCUAGAAUAUGGUUUCCUGAGACUGUCGCCUAGCGCAAGACUUCGCCUGAAGAUUCCGGUGAAAAUCGUUACAUUGGACCCCAUGAAGGACAAAUGCUUCGGCGAUUCGUUCUCUCGGUUCGUGCUUGACGAGUUCUUGGGAUACGACGACCUUCUGAUGGCCUCCAUCAAGGGAUUGGCCGAACAAGAGGAUAAUAAGGGCUAUUUGAGAAAUGUGAUCACCGGCGAGCACUAUCGUUUCGUGUCGAUGCUGACAGCGCGCAGCUCCUAUAUCGCUGCCUUCUUUAUUAUGCUGGUCUUUACGGUAUCAAUAUCGAUGCUGCUUCGCUAUGCUCACCACCAGAUAUUUGUCUUCAUCGUGGAUCUGCUGCAGAUGCUGGAGUUCAACGUGACCGUGUCGUUCCCAGCGGCGCCACUGCUCACUGUUAUUUUGGCUCUAGUGGGUAUGGAAGCCAUCAUGUCGGAGUUCUUCAACGACACCACGACCGCGUUCUACAUCAUCCUCAUCGUGUGGAUCGCUGAUCAAUACGACGCCAUCUGCUGUCACACGGCGAUUGCUAAGAGACACUGGCUGAGGUUCUUCUACCUUUACCACUUCUCGUUCUACGCCUACCACUACCGCUUCAACGGCCAGUACAGCAGCCUCGCGCUCGUCACUUCUUGGCUCUUCAUACAGCAUUCAAUGUUGUACUUCUUCCAUCACUACGAGCUGCCGGUGAUACUACAGCAGGCGCAACUGCAACAGCUUCUGUUACGAACUCAUCACGGCAUGGGUGGGAUGAUGGGAUUGGCCGGUAUCGCUGCUUUAGCAAGUGGCGCCGCUUACCACGACGCCCCCGGCACAGGUACGCAAGCUACGCCGCCAACUACUCAGUCCACGACGCAGACCGUCCAGAACACGGUACAGUCCACUGUAACACAGACGUCACCCUCUGUGUCAACUGCCCAAACAAACACUACCCACACAGGUGAUGUUGUAUCGUCUCGAGUAACGACUACACAGACCACAGCUACCGGUACCAAUACUACCACAGCCAACGAAUCAGAAGACAGAGCUGUCACCACCCCCAUCAAUGAUCCGAUCAUAAGUGCUGAUAAAACAAACGCAGUAGCACCAACCGUUGAAAAGGCAAUCAAUAUACAGGAAAUCAAAAGAAAGCAAUCCGAUGAUGACAUCAAGAUGAUUCGAAGUAGCAAUUCAGCUAUGAUCAAUCUUAACAAUGAGACUAAGAACUUGCCAGGUGAAGCAAGUAAUGAUAAUACGACAAACUCUAACGUUGAUAAAGUUGAGAGUCUAACUUUAGAUCGUAGACGAGUAGAGGGCGAGGAGAAUGAAGAUGGCCCUCCUACAACACCGUCAACUGCGGUGCAACGAGCUCCUAUAGCGACUCCAGAGGCUGAUGAUUUAGACUAGAUUCAUAUAAAUUACCUCUAUGCUUUCUAAUAUAACAACUUGCAGUUUGUAUUUUAUAUAAGUUUAAAGAAUCUGAAGUCAUGGCCGUAAAGUUAAUAGGUAAUACUUUGUGAGUUACUCUUAAAUGCUUUUGUACAUGGCGACUUUUUUACCUAAUCCACGAUAAUAAAAAGCUUUUCCAACACGCUGUUGACUGUAUAUAUAUCGAAUCAUUACAAUAUCAAAUUAAAAUUAAUUUGUUAUUGGUCAUUAUAAAGGUUAAGUUCAUUUAUUAACGACUAUUAUCCUCAAUAUUUAGCGAAAAGUGGAAAUAAAUUUGUUAGUAUGAAAAAAAUGCCACUAAAAAAAAUGUAAGGAAAACAGCUGAAAAGAUAACUGCAUAAGUUUGUUACACAGUUUGCGACAAACGCGUUCCAACGCGACAAAAAAAGUCGCCAUGUGCAAAAGCUCUAAUGUAGAUUGGUACUUAUUUAUCAUGAUACUUGAUAAGUUAGGCUCGGUAUGUAUCAAUUGCAAUGUGGUAGUAGUAUAAUUAUUCCAUUAGAAUCCCUAAACACUGACUUUUCUCUGGCGUAGAUUCGUCUAACGAAUAUGUAACGCGGAUCUAACGACGUCGCGAAGCUAUCGUCGUCGCGUCGUUUCCGUUUCGUCGAAAGACGUCUACGCAGAAGAAACGCAGUGUGCAAAAAAAUAAUACUUACACGAUUCAGGAGUCUAUUAUAGAUUUAUGUUUUUGGUAUAGAAAGUCGGUUUUUUAUUGAGAGGUAAUUUGGUGUUUUAACCGAUGGUGCAUUAAAACUACAAAAUAAAUAUAUUUUGCUUUAAAGUUUUUGUUUUUAGAAUAUUAAGAGGCAAUAUAAAAAAAAUAUUGUAAAAUGUUAUAAUUAUGCAGCAAUUGUUUGACUUUUUUUUCUAUUUUAAUUGAGAUAAAAUUUUUCUAUUUAGAAAGAUUAAAAUGUAGUUUAGUUACUAAUUAAUUUGUAGAGCAAGCGUUUCCUGUAACUGAUUUAAAAGGAACAGAAAUGACUGGUUAACAUUAGGUAAAGUGACCGUCACAAAUUUUUAGUUAAGUUACUUUAAUUUAGUUUCCUACUUCAAAGAUAUAAUAAUCACCGAUUUUAUUUUGAUGAAUCCCGAGAUUUUCAAUGUGCUAGAGGUGUGUUAAUCUGCUAACUGUAAAUGUACUCUCAAUUGUCAUAAUAUUAAAAACGUUUGCUCGUAAAUUGAGUAAUAGACUGAUAGAAAUUGAUAGCAUUUAUACAAGAAAAGAACUUAUGCAUACGUCCUAGAAACGAUACAAUGCGAUAUGAGCUUUUUAAUGAUAGCUGUUAAAUGUUUAUCGCAUAGUAAAAUAUAAAUUAUUUAUUUGAAAAUACAAUAAGUAUUGAAACUUAUAGUAGGAGAGCCCAUGAUGCUAAAUAGAGAUUUACUAUAACGGGGAGAGACGACAAACAAUAAAUGGCUAAUAUAAUGCGUUCGCUUUUAGUGGUGGGGAUAUCGUCUAUAGAUUUUCAAAGCGAUUUUUAUUUUUCUUAAAUACAUAUUUUUUGGUAUUCUAGCAUUUUAACCUUCAAAAAAAAAUACAAGAAAAGAUCUCAACUGAGAAUGUAUGUACAACUAUGUUUUUGCAAUUUUGUACUUAUUUGUGACAACCCCUUAGGUUUCACUUAAAUCAUACUUUUUAGCUAGUAACGAGGUAGGGCCUUACCUUAAUCUGAUGCUUUUAGAAUAUUUUGGAUGAUUGGUUUUAGUCGGGUUUUCAUAGUCGUGCGGUCCUAUAUGAAGCUCAUACUUGGUAGAAUUAUGCAACUGCAUGCAAGGUAUCAUCCUAAUAUUCAUCUACCGAGCUUGAGUAAAUCCCAAAAAUCUACUGUUGGGCUCCUGUACUAUGCACCAAGUUAUCUCUCAAUGGUAAAACCCAAUUUCCGUUAGCAAACGAAAAGGUGAUUGUUAGUUUAAGUUAUGGCGCCUCCACGGCAAGUGUAAAUAUCUAGAUUUAGAUAUUUAUUAGGAAAGUAUUGUGUUGUAUCAAGUUUUUUCUAAUUUGUUACUACUGUACUACUAUUUAAUUUGUUACAACGCUAAGUUGCGAAGCAGAGGUGCUUGUCGGAGUCGGCAUAUUAAGUUCAUUCAGUGAUUUAGUUUAUUGCAAUAAAUAUUUUUGUUCAGAA